AUGGGAAUACAACAAGCACUAGCUUUGUACCCGCCUGCCAAACAGCGCCUCUCUGCAGUCAUAAAUACCCAGCGAGUAAAAUCCCUGAUUGAUUCCCUGACGCUGGAGGAGAAAAUCCUCAAUCUUGUCGAUGCUUCAGCCGGAUCUGAGCGUCUCGGCUUACCAUCGUACGAAUGGUGGAAUGAAGCAACGCACGGAGUCGGCUCUGCACCAGGUGUCCAAUUCACCGAAAAACCAGUCAAUUUUAGUUAUGCCACUAGUUUUCCGGCACCAAUCUUGACCGCGGCAUCCUUUGAUGACGCUCUAGUUCGUGAAAUAGCUAGUGUAAUCGGCAGGGAAGGACGCGCUUUUGGAAAUAACGGGUUUUCUGGGUUUGAUUUCUGGGCACCGAAUAUCAAUCCUUUCAGAGAUCCUCGGUGGGGGAGAGGACAGGAGACUCCCGGUGAGGAUAGUUUUGUUGUGCAGAGCUAUAUUCGCAAUUUCAUUCCGGGACUUCAGGGUGAUGAUCCGGAGGACAAGCAGGUUAUAGCUACAUGCAAGCACUACGCUGCUUAUGACCUGGAAACGGGAAGAUACGGAAACGACUAUAAUCCUACCCAGCAGGAUCUGGCUGAUUACUUCCUGGCUCCAUUCAAGACCUGCGUUCGUGACACCGGAGUAGGGAGCAUCAUGUGUGCAUACAAUGCAGUUGACGGCAUCCCAACCUGCGCGAGUGAAUACCUCCUUGACCAAGUAUUGAGAAAACAUUGGAAUUUCACUGCAGACUACAACUACGUUGUAUCUGACUGUGGAGCGGUUACAGAUAUCUGGCAGUAUCACAACUUCACUGAUACCGAAGAAGCUGCUGCAUCUGUAUCUCUCAACGCCGGCGUAGAUUUGGAAUGUGGUUCUUCGUACCUCAAGCUCAAUGAAUCACUUGCUGCAAAUCAGACCACGGUGCAGGCAUUGGAUCAAGCGUUAACAAGACUGUACUCGGCAUUGUUUACCGUCGGGUUCUUUGACGGUGGGAAGUACACUGCUCUCGGUUUCGCGGAUGUUUCGACCCCUGAAGCGCAAUCUCUCGCCUACGAAGCUGCGGUCGAAGGCAUGACGCUCCUCAAAAAUGACAAAAGGCUCCUCCCUAUACGUUCCUCGCAUAAAUACAAGAGUGUGGCAUUGAUUGGACCUUUCGCAAACGCCACGACUCAGAUGCAAGGUGAUUAUUCUGGUAUUCCGCCGUUCUUGAUUAGUCCACUGGAAGCGUUCAAAGGCCAUGACUGGGAGGUCAACUAUGCCAUGGGCACAGGAAUCAAUAAUCAGACCACGACUGGAUUUGCUUCCGCACUCGCAGCAGCAGAGAAAUCGGACUUGGUGAUCUACCUAGGCGGCAUUGACAACUCCAUCGAGGCCGAAACACUGGACCGCACCUCGCUUACUUGGCCUGGAAAUCAACUCGACCUCGUCACACAGCUAUCGAAACUCCACAAACCUCUAAUCGUUGUCCAAUUUGGCGGCGGACAGCUCGAUGACAGUGCCCUGCUGCAGAAUGAAGGAGUCCAAGCUCUGGUUUGGGCCGGAUAUCCAAGCCAAAGUGGCGGCUCUGCUCUACUAGACGUCCUUCUAGGCAAAAGGUCAAUCGCUGGUAGAUUGCCGGUCACGCAGUAUCCAGCCAGUUAUGCCGAUCAAGUGAGCAUCUUUGAUAUCAACAUUCGUCCUAAUGAUUCCUAUCCUGGACGAACAUAUAAAUGGUACACGGGAAUGCCCGUGGUUCCGUUCGGAUACGGUCUGCAUUACACGAAAUUCGAAUUUGAAUGGGCGCAGACUCUGAAUCACGAGUACAAUAUCCAACAGCUUGUGGCUUCAUGCCAGUCCACCGGCCCGAUCAGCGACAAUACGCCCUUUACUACCGUCAAAGCCCAUGUGAAAAACAUCGGCCCCGAAGCUUCUGACUACGUCGGCUUGUUAUUCCUUUCAAGCCCCGAUGCAGGCCCAGCACCACGACCAAAUAAAUCCCUGGUAUCCUACUUGCGUCUCCACAAUAUCACAUCCGGAAGUCAAGGAACAUUAGACUUACCUCUCACCCUGGGCUCGAUGGCCAGAGCGGAUGAAAAUGGAAACCUCGUUAUAUUCCCGGGACAUUACAAGAUUGCACUGGACGUAUCGGACAGCCUGACGUUUGAGUUUUCGUUACGUGGAGAUCCGCUAGUAAUAGAUACACUUCCUGUGCCUGAUGCGCAUUAUGAUUUUACGGUUCCGGUUCAUAUUCAACCUCCAUCUACCGAGGCCCAUUCCUGA